GCCAGGUGAAAAGUGAAAAUCUGCUGAAUGUAAAAAUAAUUACUACGAAAACAUUGUACAACUUAAAAAUUAUACCAAUAUUCUUGCUGAAAAAGAAUCCGGCCAAUUUUUAUUUUGAAGAGAGAUAAAAGAUGAGUGCCGUGGACCAGUUAGAGGAGAACCCAAAGGAUGUUUUCGAGACGGCAGUUCGUCUGCUGCUGACAGUGGCUGACAACAUCCUCAACAACCCCAGUGAAAUCAAGUACAGGCGUCUUAAGUUGGCAAACAAGAAUGUGUCUGAAAAGCUGCUACCCGCCAUUGGUGCGAUCGAGUGCCUUUUCGAAAUGGGCUUUGAUGAAGGAGACGACAGUUUUGUGAUGGCAAUGUCCACAUCGCUGCAAAACUUGCGAACGGUCAGAGAAAAAUUGGCGAAUUUGCAGAGGAAGAUCAACGAGCCAAAACCUUCAACGUCCGCCAAUCAAUUAAGUCUCACAUCGAAAGCUUCCACUUCCUUUUUGGCUCAAAAUGAUGAUCAGCAUUUCACCAGCGAGUCCUUUAAAGUUCCCACGUUCCACCGAAUCACCAGCUCGAUCAGUCCAAGGUUUCUUCAAUCUGUUGAGUCCCGCGCCCACGACGUCCUUCAAUAUGAGAGCAAGGCUUUACAAGCAAGGGCUAGGUCUGUGGUUCCGGUGGACGAACUGUGGCUGCGAGCCCAGAAGGCUCUAAGCAACCAUCAGUUGGAGAAAAUUGGCGUUGAAGAUGUAGAGGAAAGAGGACUUCCAGAUCUGAUGCUCUAUGAGCUGUUGCAGUGGUUCAAAUAUGAAUUUUUCAAGUGGGUCGACCAGCCCGAAUGCCAUAAGUGUCAGGCCAAGACUACAUUUGUUGGGAUGAGCUCAAACCCAGAGCAUUUGAAGGAAUCAGGACGCACUGAGGUUUUUGCCUGUCCAUCUGGUCAUGAGACGCCUUUCCAUCGUUACAACAACCCAGCCAAGUUGCUGCUGACCCGUCGAGGUCGCUGUGGAGAGUGGGCAAAUUGCUUUACCCUGAUUUGCAGGGCGCUUGAUCUGGACGCUCGUCUAGUCGUCGAUGAGACCGACCACGUCUGGACGGAAGUUUGGUCCGUGACCCAAAAUCGGUGGCUCCACUGUGAUGCGUGUGAGGCAACUCUGGACGCUCCGUACACCUACUCGGCUGGCUGGGGCAAGAAACUGACCUAUGUGAUUGCGUACUCGAGAGAUGACGUCCAGGACGUUACCUGGAAGUACACGCAGGAAGCGGUGGCAGAAGUGAAGAAAAGGAGAAAACUUUGCACGGAGAGACAACUCCAAAAUCUGUUGAAUGUGAUUCGAUUCCGACUGCAAGAGAAAGUGACUCCAACUCGAAAGAAAUUUCUUCAUAACAGAAUGAUCAAUGAGCUGAUGUCGAUGAUUUACAUUCCUGGUCAGACAAAGGCUUUAAAAAGUACUGAAACGCAAGGCAGGACCUCUGGCUCAGAAACCUGGAGGCGCCAAAGACAGGAGACCGGUCAAAUUAAUUCCAACUGGAUUUGGAGACCCAAUGGGCAAGAGCUUGCAGCUGGUCAGAUGGUUGUGAAGUACUCCACAGCGCAGAAUGUAUAUGUCAGGGAUUCAGGAGACAAGAUUAGCGGGUGGGCUUGUGGAGUCAAAUCAGCCACCAAUAUAACCAGAAAGGUCGAGCGGGACUGGAAAAUGGUUUAUUUGGCUAGGGCAGAAGGCACACAAAGUGGCUCCCUGGAAUGGAGAUUCGAGAUCCCGGAAAAACAGAAAAUCGGACGUGUUGAGCUCAGCUUGCCAACAGCUCUCUACGAGACUGGCCAAAUUCGAUGGAAAAUCUGCGGAGAGGACCCCGACCUCUGUUUCAUGGUUCCAUUAAAUCAAUCAACCUUUGUGACAGGAGAUUUUAAAGGUUGCUCAGCUUUGACAAUUAAAGCAGAUUUGACUGGAGGAAACGGAGAAUGCGCUUGGCAACACACGCAGAUUUCUCGUCAAGCAGAGGGCGAUGCGUCCUUUCCACUGCAGUUCAAGGUUCAGAUAUUAAACUCGUAAAAUGUGAUAUUUGAAAAUUUGUGCUAGAUGUUUUUAUUAAAGUUUUCCCAAUAAAAACUUAAAAAUACAAAUAGGAAAAUAAC